AUGGCUGCUGUGGCUGCUGGUGUUAUUGGGGGUAAUGGGUCUUCUUGGAAUCUGUUUAAGGACAAGCCCAGGAAGAAGAAGACGGUGAAUAAGGUUAUGGUGUCUUGUGUUUAUUCUUCUGUGAUGGAUCCUUACCAGACUUUGAAGAUCCAACCUGGUGCCUCUGAAUCUGAGGUCAGGAAGGCUUUCAGACAACUUGCCUUGAAGUAUCAUCCAGACGUAUGCAGAGGAAACAAUUGUGGAGUUCAGUUUCACCAGAUCAAUGAAGCUUAUGAUAUUGUUAUGAGCGAUUUGAGAGGAGAAUCUACUCCAUCCAAUAUGUAUGAGACGUACGAUGAAGGAGAUGAUGAGCCGAUGAGAGGAAUGAACGAUCCGGAUUGGGACAUGUGGGAGGAAUGGAUGGGAUGGGAGGGAGCUGGAAUCAGGGACUACACAUCUCACAUUAAUCCUUAUAUUUGA